AUGAAAUUGGUACGAUUUUUGAUGAACAUACCCAACUCAACUAACCAACCAGUUACAGUUGAAUUGAAGAAUGGGAACAUAAUAAAUGGGACGCUUUUGUCAUGUACGCCGCUGAUGAAUCUAAACUUAAAGAAUGUUAAACUACAACAAAAGUAUCAAGAUCCAAUCUUGCUACAAUAUAUUAAUGUUAGAGGAAAUCAGAUAAGACAGAUUUUGCUACCUGAAGAUUUAAACAUUGACAGUGUGUUAGAGAAAUCUCAAACGAAGAUAAAGGGCCAAGGGGCCGGUCCAAGUGCAAAACCAGUCAAACGAGGAGGAUUAAGAGGAAGAGGACGGGGAAGAGGGCGUUAG